CUCACCGCAUGUAUCCGUCUUUCUUUUCAACGUGUUGCUGGUCGCCGAAGUUUUUUGGUGACAGAAGCCUAUAAUGCAGAUAUUCGUCAAGACCCUUACGGGCAAGACCAUCACGCUUGAGGUCGAACCUUCAGAUACUAUCGAAAAUGUCAAAGCCAAGAUUCAGGACAAAGAAGGAAUUCCACCAGAUCAACAACGCCUGAUCUUUGCUGGGAAACAAUUGGAAGAUGGCCGUACUCUAUCAGAUUAUAAUAUUCAGAAAGAGUCCACCUUGCACUUGGUGCUUCGUCUGCGUGGAGGUGCUAAGAAGCGUAAGAAGAAGAACUAUUCCACUCCAAAAAAGAUUAAGCAUAAGAGGAAGAAGGUGAAGCUAGCUGUCUUAAAAUACUACAAGGUGGACGAGAAUGGUAAAAUUCACCGUCUUCGUCGUGAGUGUCCUGGCGAGAACUGCGGAGCUGGAGUAUUCAUGGCUGCCCAUGAAGAUCGUCAUUAUUGCGGAAAAUGCAAUUUGACUUUUGUGUUUAGCAAACCAGAGGAAAAGUAAUAGGGCUUGAUACAAUAUCUGAAAUAUGUUAAACAUGAAAUUAAAUGAAAAAUAAAUUCAUUUCAAACCCA